AUGUCAGACCUUUCAGCCUGGGCCCUUCCUCGGCUCAGCCAGCUUCUCCCUAUCGAUGAAGAGUCGCUGAAGCAGAUUAUCGACUAUUCAGCUACUCUACCGAAAGACGCUUGCGCCGAUCACCUGAAAAACCUCCUCGGCGACAGCCCCGCAGCCCUCGAAUUUAUUGCCUCGUUCAACGCGCGUCGCAAUGACGGAUCUCCAGCGGCCUCGUCCGCCCCAAGUGUUACAUCCGCCGCGAGAAAUACGGAGCGGCCGAAGGGGAAGAACAGAAAGGAGAAGAAGCCGCUGCACAGUGCUGGUCCACCGCGCCGCCCUGACAACUACGGGGAUGUGGGCGGAGGCUAUAUGAAGUCUCAGCAGGGAGAGGACUACAUGUCUGCCAACAAAGCUGCAUCGCAUUCCCCUGGGCUCUCUGCGCCCGGCUCCUCUUCAUCCUCUCGCGCUCAUUCGCCUAUGCCUGCCGCCUCCACAAAAGUUCCCCCCUCCGCCUCCGGCCCUGUUCUCUCCGAUAUGCUGCCAAACGUACGGUCGAAAACAAGCAAGACGAGUCGGCAAAGCGGUGGCUCUGCCAGCCCCUCGAAGUCGGGAUCGCUCACCACCAACAACAUCUCCGAUCUGACGGCCGCAAUUGCUAUGCUGGAGGUGUCGACCAACCCGACCUUGGGCGCAGAGAAGCGCAAAUGCACAUGCUUCGCUACAAUCCACCCACUCUUUGACCCCGCCCCCAACUGUGUCAAUUGCGGGAAGAUUAUCUGUUCGCUGGAAGGUCUACAGCCGUGUUCCUUCUGUGGCACACCCCUCCUCUCUGCGGAGGAGAUCCAGAGCAUGAUCAAGGAGUUGCGUGCCGAGCGUGGACAAGAGAAAAUGCGCGCUCAUAACGAGAGCGUUCACCAUGAAGGGGGACCUAGACCAACUGGCUCUGGACCAGCCCCGCCCCCGAGCCAUCUGGAUGCGGCGAGGGCUCACCGUGAUAAGCUGCUCCAGUUCCAAGCACAAAAUGCCCGGCGAACCAAGGUUGUUGACGAAGCCGCCGAUUUUGAGACGCCAAAUGUGGCCUCGACACUGUGGAUGAGUCCUGCGCAGCGAGCGCUUGCAUUGAAAAAGCAGCAGCGCAUCCAGCGUGAGCUGGAAGAGAAGGCUCGUCCUGAAUGGGAGAAGAAGAAGACGGUCAUGAGCCUCGACAUCAAGGGCGGGAAGGUUCGCCGGGUAUACCAAACCGCGGCGGUCGAGUCGACUCCGGAGGCCAGCGAGCCGGAACCCGAAGACGUGGUCGAGCCUGGAGCGUCAACGAGAGGAAAUGCGUUCAGCCGAAAUCCGCUCCUGGCCGCCGGAGGGCUAAUGCGUCCCGUCUGGCGCGCCCCCGAGGGCAAGGGGGCUGAUUCUGACGAGCAGGCAGAACGGAAGCAAACGUGGCGGCGUGUGCAGGAUGAUAAUGACGAUAACGAGCAAUGGAUUUUGGAUGGUGGGUUGCAUGGACCUGAUGCUGAAGCGGCAUGA